UGUACAGUAUUUUGGUAAGAGCUAAUGAGUACUAUACUUCUCUAUAAAGCCAUGUCCAGAAGCUUCUGGUUUGCUGUGCUGCUGUUGGUGCUGGGAGUGAGCCUAGCCAGUGGUGGUGAGGGUGUACCCGUGGGCUGUGGGGGCUUUAUCAAGGCAGACUUCCCUGUGGACUUUACGAAGAUAAAGAUCCAACUGUACACUGCGAGUGGCUCCCUCAGAGAUACUAGCGACUGUGCCCCCAACAUCGGCUACUAUCUCAUACCCUCCUACGACAAAGGCGAAUUUGUGCUGAAAGUGGACGCACCUCAAGGAUGGAAAACAGAGCCGUCAGAGGUGCAUGUGACUGUGGAUGGAGAGACGGACCUGUGUAGUAGAGGAGAGGACAUCAACUUCCAGCUGCUCGGAUUCUCUGUAUUCGGUCAGGUAGUUGGUGAUGGUUUGAAGGUUGGGCCGAGUGGAGUGACCCUCUCCCUGAGGCAAGAUGACUCCACCCCACACACCACCGUCACAGCAGACGAGGGAAGGUUCGUGCUUGAGGGGGUUCCCCCUGGAACAUAUACGCUAGAGGCCAGUCAUCAGCAGUGGACACUAUCAAAGGCUACUGUGAGUGUGACGGUGACUGAUGGAUCUUCUGAAGUGCCUGACAAUUCUCUACUAGUGGGAGGCUUUGAUGUCAGAGGGGGUGUUGCUAGUGACGGAGAACCCAUACCUGGAGUGCAGUUUUUGCUCUAUGCAAAGUCUGGAAAAAAGAUCGAGUGUGAUGCUGGUGACCCUCCCGUUAGUGUACGGAGGCCAACGUGUGUGGCUGUCUCUGAUGUGACUGGACUGUUUGUGUUCCCGGCUCUGCCCCCUGGCCGUUAUCAGCUGGUUCCCUACUACAGCCAAAACGGAAUAGACUUCAAGGUCCACCCGACAGAAACUGAAGUUGAAGUGUUUAAUGAUACAGUCAAUGUGGAUCCCUCGUUUGAGGUUCACGGCUUCUCUGUGUCGGGACAAGUGCUGAGAACCACUAAGGGCAAAGGUGUGAGUGGUGCUAAAGUGUACGUGGACGGGGAGGAGGUGACAACUACCGAUCACCGUGGCAACUAUCAGCUACUAAACGUCACCACUGGACGCUACAACAUAAAGAUUGAUGCGCCUGAGGCACUGCUGGAGUUUAAAGAGCUGCAAGUGUAUCUCUCGCCCUCUGACCCCACCAUUCCCACCAUCAUCCCGGCAAAGUUUGGAGUGUGUGGGGAGGUGAUCAUUACCCGUCCAGUGUCAACAGCCAAAACUCCUCGUACUGUACAAGUCCUGUCGACCUCCUCCCCUCCCGUUGUCGUGGAGACAGUGACCGUUGAUGCCAAGUCUCAGUUUUGUACCCUCCUGCCUCUUGGAGAGUACAUAAUCAAGAGUGUGGUGUCUGAAGAGGAGAGGUCUGGGGGGUUGGUGAUUGAGCCCCCUGAGAGACGUCUGGACAUGAGGGAGCACCCCCCCUCACCUGCCAGUACGCUUGUGUUCCAACAGUUCCUCGCCUCUCUCACUGGCUCAGUCACAUGUCUUGGUGAGUGCACGAGUGAUAUCAGUGUACACUUGAGGAGGUCUUCAGUCGUGACGGGUCUGCAAGGUCAAGAGCUCAAUGCAAAGGUGGCGGCAAAGGAAAGAAAAGGCACAUUUUCCUUCAGUGAAGUACUACCUGGAAAUGUGAAUAUCUCGGUGUCCUACCCCCAGUGGUGCUGGAGGGAGGCAGGGCUUCAGGCUGAGGUCACUAUGGAGAAACAGAGAGAGAUGAACUUUAAACAGACGGGCUACUCCAUGCAGUACACCGUGUCACAUGAUACCACUGUGACGUACAGUACUGGAAAUGAGUCGGCUGUUGAAAUUGUUUUAUCGGGGAAAGGUCACCUGUGCUUGGACAAGUCAGGCGUGUACACUGUUAGCCCGAGGACGUGCCACAAAUUCAACAAAGACUCGUUCACUUUUGAUACUUCGUUACCUGAGCGACUGGUAUUGGAAGCAAAGGAUCACUAUGUCAACGCGUCAGUAAUGGCUGAACAGAAAGACUCUGACCUGUUACUCACCGUACGGUCGUUGAGAUUUGGAUCUUCAGAGCAAGUUUUGACACCCCUUGGAGUUGCUAGGCAACCAACUGCCGAAAACCAAGCACACAACUGGAAAUACUCUUUCUCAUUUCUUGCAAAACCUCAAGAUGAGCUGGAAGUGAGUCCCUCGUCCACUCAGCUCAUGUUCUCACCACACAGUCGAGUGUUCACAACGUCCAAUGAUUGCCCUGAGGAGGUUGCCUCUUUCCUGGGUAGUCCUGGGCUCAUGGUGACAGGUAGAGUGGAGCCGGCUCUAGGGGGUGUGGUCAUCACUAUAGCAACCGAAGAGGACGGACUGGUCAGCACUAACACUGACGAACAAGGACGAUACAGGGUGGGGCCGUUGCGUGGAGGAAAAGGACUGACUGUUAGUGCUGAGAAAGAUGGCUACACAUUUGAGGUGCUGCCCAAUGACCCUCAUUCCUUCGCUGCCGUUAAACUGUCAAACAUUGUCAUCAAGGUGGUAUCAAGUGACGGAGGUCCAUUGUCCAACGUGCUCGUGUCACUGAGCGGAGCUAACUUCAGGAGCAAUAACUUCACUGGAGAAGAUGGAACUCUGAACUUUCCCAAACUGAAUCCUGGUCAAUAUUUUAUUAAGACUCUCCUGAGAGAAUACGAGUUUCAACCGUCUUCAAAGGUCGUUGACCUGGUACAAGGAGGUAGUGAAGAGAUAGUGUUUGCGGCUACCAGAGUGGCGUUCAGUUGUUCUGGUAGAGUGACGACGCUAAACAAGCAGCCCCUUGAGGGCGUUGUUGUCAAGGCAUUUGGUACCGGGGAUGGGGAGUGUGAGUCGUAUGGAAUGGAGACACCCACAGAUCAGAACGGAGACUAUCGACUGAGAGGACUAAUGCCUGGUUGCAGCUACACCGUGUCUAUAGAGGUGAGCGGAGAUAUCGAUCGAAGUCUGCCAGUCAAUAGACGCAUAACGGUGAGCGAUAGCGAUGUGGAGGGGGUGGAGUUUGUUGCCAUGCCGACAACCAUGCACGUGUACAUCACUGGGAAUGUUGUGGCCGACAACAAGCACUUCCCAAUGCUCAAGGCACAGCUGUCACAGGGAGCUGGCUCAGUGCUCACCUCAGUCCUUGUCGACACAGCUGGCUUCUUUGACUUCCCUCCCAUCACCACUCAGAAAGAGGACUACGUUGUCACACUGGAGUCCACCUUCUCUUCCUACUCGUACAACCUGACUCGACCGGAGAUGGUCGUCCCUGGCAACAGAGAUUCCCAUGUCACUCUUUCGUUCUCUGCUGAUGAGCUUCUCUCUAUCCCCGACUAUCAACGGGGAUCAGUGAUUGCUCUGAUUGUCACCGUGGCUGUCAUAUUCGCUAUAUUCAAUUUGGACAAGGUAUUCGGCCUGGUACAGACUCUCCUUAGCAACGUAAGAAACUCCCAAAGAGACAGUGUUAGUUCAGAGAACCGUAAAAAGACCGGACGUAGAAGAUAGUGUUAUUUUAGUGUCUAUCAGAUUAUAGCAGUUGUACAUUUGUGUCUUCACAUGUAACUUAUUGGAAAAAAAUGUUUAUUCACACUUA